AUGUGGCUGGAGGAAGCCCGGAGGCUCCCCCCACGCCCCUGGGAUCCCCCCGAGCCCUCAGCAGCCCUUCCCAAGGGGCACUGUCCUGCUGUGCACCCAGCCCCGCAGCAGCGCUCCUGCAGCCUGGAGGAGUUUGCCAGCCGCUCGACCCUCCACGGCAUCCAGCACAUCUUCCGGCAAGGGCGCUACACCGCCCGCAACCUGCUGUGGCUGCUGGCCUUCCUGGGCUCGCUGGGCCUCCUCAUCCACACCUACGCCAAGUGUGUGGGCUUGUACUUCCAGUACCCCCACAGCACCCAACUGGAGGAGGUGACAGCACGCAACAAGACCUUCCCUGCCAUCACCAUCUGCAACCUCAACCCUGCCCGUUUCUCACAGCUCUCCGGCCAUGACCUGUACUGGGCAGGGGAGAUGCUGGGUCUCCUGGACGGGGCUGGCCAGCCCCUGCUGCCAGAGAGCACAGAGAGGAGCAGGCUGGAGGCUCUGCGAGGGACACUGGACAUGAAUGAGGAGGAGAAGAGCCGCCCCUUUGACCUGGAAGAGUUUUAUGGGCGCGUGGGCCACCAGCUGGACCUGGGCGAGAUGCUUGUCCACUGCAUGUUCGGUGAUGAGGAGUGCAACGGCAGUGACUUCCAAACAGUGAGUGCCCCAUGGGAGGACAUCACAGGGGAAAGGGAGGGCUGGGCACGACCCAUCUGCUGGCACUUGCAGAAUGGGGCACUGCUGGGGUGCUGA